AUGUCGUCUUUCAAGCGCAGUGCCUCGAUGUCUCCUGAUGACGAAGAUCUCAAGCCGAUCCUCGAGUCCGAUGACGACGUCAAGCCCUCCAUCACUAAGCGCGCCAGGAGCUCGUCCGAGAAGCAGCCAGUCACCAAGUGGACGUCAGAAGAAUACAAGCUCAUCUUCGAGCACGUUCUCGAACAUGGUCCACGCAAGUUUGAGGGUGUCGUCCCCGGUCGUAAUGCCAAGCAAAUCGCCAUGACUUGGACUCGCGUCGUCAAGCCUACUUGUCUCAAGGCUCUGGAGGAGAAGGGGGCGGCCAAGAAGUAG